GCUUUAAAAGUCAAUAUUGAACUUGUAGAUGUAUUUUUAAUGUCAGGAUAAAAAAGGUAUUAUGUUGUUUUAAUAUCCUGAAAAAGUGGUCUGAGUGGUUUGUUCAUGUAUCGUUUCAUUCUGAGAUUAAAGUGGAUUAUUUCACACUUUUAUUUCCAGUCAAACUGUAUGAGAUUAAAACGAUGAACUCUGAGCAAAGAGAAGUUAAAAGUGUGCGUAAAAGGAGGAAGGAGGCGUGACCUUCCGCAUUAGUACCUGCUUUAGGCUGCAUCACAGUGAUGAAGGGUGAUACUGUGAGAUAUCCUGUCAGAUACAGGACUAGUACAUGUCGAAAUUUGGUGCUAUAACGGAGGCAACAAAAAAAGAGGAAAUGAAUCUCUCAGUCGGGGCUGCUCCUGUAGAGAGUUUCACAGAGUAAAACAUCGAAGGAGAACACAAUAAGGUAUGUGGAGUCUAUUGUACAUUAAAUCCAACGUGUUGAGACAGAAAUGGUCGAUAAAGGGACUCGGAAAGUCAUAUCUCUGAAUAAAACCACCGACUGAGGCCCUUCGCUCCUUGAUGUGGUCAAGUAUCUCCUUUCGUCUUUGGUGAAUGAUGCUGAAAAGUUUGUUGAGGUGUUUAUUUUUAUUUUUAAAGAUAGAACUACCUCAACAAACUUUUCAUAUUUAACAAGCAUAUCAUAUUUGAUAUCCAGCCAUUACGAACAUCCAACCAAAGGCACCUGACAGUUAUUGUGGAUGGAAAGUAGCUGAAGUGAAUCUGGAGACGACGCCCUGUUAUUGGAGAAAAGUGUCAAAAUGUCUCGUCUGAGGAAGUAACCUGUGAGGUCCCACAGAUUAGUUAGAGCUAUUUUUAUCUUUUUUUUUUUUCAUUAAGUAGCCUUCAUUUAAAAUUAUGUUUCAGUUUACCUUUAAAAUGUAGAGAUUUGGGGAUAAUUAAUUUACUGUUUUUUUAAGCUACCACAUAAAAACCCCCUCAAUAUCCUGAUAUAAGAUAGCCCACAAAAUCUAGAAUAAAGCCUAAAAAUCAAUGAUAACAUUUGUUUAAUUUGAACUAUUAAUAUUCAAUAAUAAAAAAAAGGAAGUAGGGGAGACUGGGACGGAUGUAACACAAUGUCUCAGUGACUCAAAUUAGCAUCAUAUGACUGGAGCAGGUAGGUUUAGGGAUGUAUAGGGGUUUCCAAAGACCCCGUAAAUGGGUUGCUAGUGUUGUAUCUCGUCUGCCUGCGAUGUGUAGAUGCAGAAGGAGGCUUUGUGACACUGGCUUGCUUGUAUUGUAGGAAUUUGGGAGAGGACUGCUAAUGAUGUCCAUCUCUCCCAAACCUGACUUUGUGAUCCUGUUAAAUAGGGUUAGAGUUUUAGGUCCUCCUACAUCAUCUCGUUGUCCCCAAGUUAUCUUUCUGUACCAUCUGAUUUACACCUAACUUUGAAGUGUGACCUGUGACCUGCUAACCCCCAACAUCCAGGAUGUCUGGACCAGGUGCCAUAAAAGAGACACAAUGCCAAAAUUCCUUUCUCCGGUUAUCUCAGGCUAUCCCUGGGAAGUAUCUCAAGGCGUUGCAUGUUGGUGCUGUACUCCAGAUACCACAGUAGCUAGAAAAGAAGAGUCAUGAAAAGUUAGAAAGAACAAACUUUUGUUGGAAAACCUUUUUCACUGAUGUCCUAAAAAAUGGUGGUUAAGUUUUCCUGACCCUUCUUUCAGGUGAAAUGAGGGACCGACUAGGGGAGCUGCUGACCUCGAAGCCAGCAGAAGAGAGCUGGCCUGUGGAGAGCCAGGAUAACUCCGCAGAGGACAAUGGGGGGCAAAUGGAGCAACAAGCCAUUGUGUUUGAGGGCGAGGACACGAUGGACAGGACUUUCAAAGAGGCCCAGGCGCUGAGGAAAGAGAUGCUGCUGUUCAGAAAUGACGUGAAGCGUCUCGGUAAGCAAAACACCAGGUUCCUCACGUCCGUCAGGAGGUUCAGCAGCAUCAAACGGGACUCCAAUGCUCUAGGACGAGACAUCAAGGCCAGGGGGGAGGCCAUCUAUAACCGCCUUAAAAGGAUGGAGAAGCUGAGCAAAGAGCAGGAGGAGAAGCACGGGCCUACGUCAGCUGUGGCCCGCAUGGUGCGUUCGCAGUACAUCACUCUAACAGCCGCUUUCCACAACGCCAUGUCUGAGUACAACGAGGCCGAGAUGGUCCAGAGGGAGAACUGCAAGACCCGCAUCCAGAGGCAGGCGGAGAUCAUGGGGAAGGAAGUGAGCAGGGAGCAGAUUGACGAGAUGAUCGAGACGGGAAAGUGGAACGUCUUCUCGGAUAACCUGCUCCUGGAGGGCAGGACCGCCAGAUCGGCUCUGAAUGAGAUUGAAAGCCGGCACAAAGAGCUGCUGGAGCUGGAGGGCCGCAUCAGGGACAUCCAUGAGCUCUUCUCCCAGAUGGCCCUGCUGGUGGAGGAGCAGGGCUGCAUGUUGGACAACAUAGAAGCGAAUGUUUAUGCGACUCAGGAAUACGUCGAAAAGGCUACUGAAAAGAUCAGAGUAGCUAAAAAAUACAAGAAGAGCAAUCCGUGUAAGAAACUGUUCUGCUGCUGCUUCCCUUGUUGCAGAUGAGACGGCAUGAAGGUUUUUUUAUAUUAACGUCAUGAGAUUUUUGUGAUUAGAUCAAAAUCACUUUCACUGCCUCAUGCCUUUCUGCUUUCAAUCCGUGUGAACGACAUCAAUAUUUUAUGCUAAUGCCAAGACUGCAAGGAAAACCCACCAGUUACAGGCAUUGUGGUGGAGUUUUCUACGUGCACCAAUUUUGUCGUAACAUGACUCAGCAAAGCCACUUUGGGGUCUCUGUCUCUGAACUGAGUGUUUUAUUUACUGCAUUUGACAUCAUCAACCAAUUAUUGGCGGUUUAUUCGGCUAAAAUUAAAUUAAAUUCGUGCCACAGACAAUGCUGAGAGUAUUGUAAACCAUGAGUCACAGCCCACGCUGCUUGGUGUCCUGCAAACUGAUUCGAUUUUCCAAAUCAACUAAAGCACUGUUCUACUCAUCACAUGUUCAAUAAAAGAAAUAGAUCCAUAUCAGAUUGAAUUAGAAACCAUCAAAUUGCAGAUUUGUCUUUGAUGGUCCGGUGUCAACUGGUAGCAGCUGACCGCACUGGAGGAUCGUUUCUCAGCUGGACUCAAACCUUGUAUUUCUUUGCUUAGAUUUGAGCUUAUAAGCAGCAGUGUUUUCAGAUGUAAGGUUCUCCUACUGUGAGCCGGUCUUCAUUUUAAACCACACGUCCAAAUGCAAAUGUGAUAGUGAGAUAGGGUUGUUGUACUUCCUGAUGCAAGACAACUGCAAGGACAGCUCAGCAACAGCUCAAUUUAUACAGCUGACAACUGUUUCCCUUUAAGGUUUCCAGCUUUAAGAUUUAUAAUGUGAUGUAAAAUAUUUAAGAAAUGUGAAUAAAUUCCUUUAAGUGACUUUUUUUAAAAAA